UGUUUUUUUGAAACAAAUAAGAAAGAAGCCACUUCCAUUCCACGCUUCUUCUCCUCACCGUCACUACCAACUUUCCCUCCCCCUCUCUCUCUUUCUCUCCUGUCGUUCGCUUUUCUUCUUUCUCGCUGAUACGGUGCCGUUUUUCUCAGAUCCGGGCGAUCUGAGCCUGACUGACUGAGUUUUUGGUUGCCGGCGCCGGAUCUUUGCGGUUAAGAUUAGAAGAAAUGGAGAACCUCAUCUCUCUGGUCAACAAAAUUCAAAGGGCUUGUACGGCACUUGGUGACCAUGGCGAAGCUAGCGCAUUACCUACUCUUUGGGACUCUCUCCCUGCGAUCGCUGUUGUCGGUGGUCAGAGUUCAGGCAAGUCUUCUGUGUUGGAAAGUAUUGUUGGCAAGGACUUUUUACCCCGUGGUUCAGGUAUUGUUACUCGGCGUCCUCUUGUCUUACAGCUUCAUAAGAUUGCUGAGGGAAGCAGAGAAUACGCAGAGUUUCUUCACCUUCCGAGAAAAAGAUUUACUGAUUUUACUGCCGUGAGGAAAGAGAUUCAAGAUGAGACAGACAGAGAAACCGGUCGUACCAAACAAAUCUCUAGUAUUCCAAUUCAUCUUAGCAUAUAUUCACCUAAUGUUGUCAACUUGACGCUCAUUGAUCUUCCUGGACUUACAAAAGUAGCAGUUGAGGGCCAACCAGACAGUGUUGUGCAAGAAAUUGAGAAUAUGGUCCGCUCCUAUAUCGAGAAGCCCAACUGUAUUAUCCUUGCAAUUUCACCUGCCAAUCAAGAUCUUGCUACAUCUGAUGCAAUUAAAAUCUCCCGUGAAGUAGAUCCUACGGGGGAGAGAACACUUGGAGUCUUGACAAAGAUUGACCUUAUGGACAAGGGUACCGAUGCAGUUGAGAUUUUGGAAGGGAAGUCUUACAGGCUAAAAUUCCCUUGGGUGGGAGUUGUGAACCGAUCACAAGCAGAUAUUAAUAAGAAUGUUGACAUGAUUGCUGCUCGGCGUAGAGAGCGUGAAUAUUUUUCAAGUACACCUGAAUACAAGCACCUUGCUCAUAGAAUGGGUUCUGAGCAUCUUGCUAAGAUGCUUUCUAAGCAUUUGGAAAAUGUUAUCAAGUCCAAAAUCCCAGGAAUCCAGUCUCUUAUUAGCAAGACAAUUUCUGAUCUCGAAUCUGAACUGUCUCGUCUUGGAAAGCCUAUUGCGGCUGAUGCUGGAGGAAAAUUAUAUUCCAUCAUGGAGAUUUGCCGUGCUUUUGAUCAAAUAUACAAAGAGCAUCUGGAUGGCGUGCGCCCUGGUGGUGACAAAAUUUACAACGUUUUUGAUAAUCAGCUUCCAGCUGCCCUUAAGAGGCUGCAAUUUGAUAAGCAACUUUCAAUGGAAAACAUACGGAAGCUCAUUACUGAAGCUGAUGGAUAUCAACCUCAUUUAAUAGCUCCUGAACAAGGAUACCGUCGACUCAUUGAAUCUACUUUAGUUACUAUAAGAGGCCCUGCUGAGGCAGCUGUUGAUGCAGUUCAUUCAUUACUGAAAGAUUUGGUUCACAAGGCUGUCAGUGAGACCGUGGAGCUAAGGCAAUAUCCUGGUCUUAGAGUAGAGGUCGGGAAUGCAGCUUGUGAAUCACUUGAGAGAAUGAGGGAUGAAAGCAAGAAAGCAACGCUGAAGUUAGUUGAUAUGGAAUGUAGUUACCUGACAGUUGAUUUCUUCCGUAAGCUUCCUCAAGAUGUUGAGAAGGGUGGCAACCCAUCACAUUCUAUUUUUGAUAGAUACAACGAUGGAUAUCUCAGGCGAAUUGGAACUACAGUUCUGUCAUAUGUCAACAUGGUAUGUGCAACUUUGCGAAACUCUAUUCCCAAAUCCGUUGUCUAUUGUCAAGUUCGUGAGGCCAAACGAAGCUUGCUUGACCAUUUCUUCACCGAGUUGGGAAAAAUGGAUCAAAAGCGUUUGUCAGCAUUGUUGAACGAGGAUCCAGCAGUCAUGGAACGGCGUGCUGCCCUUGCAAAGAGGCUGGAACUGUAUAGGAGUGCACAAGCGGAGAUUGAUACAGUGGCCUGGGCCAAGUAGUUCCGCAGCAAAUAAUACCAUCUCAUUUGUAUGUGGAAUUUGGCGUAGAUGGCGGCUUAAAAAUUCAUUCAUUCAUGAUUUACUUUAUGAUAGGAGCAGAAAUGGAUUGGCUACUAUAUAUCUUUCUUGUAUUUUAUAUGUAACAUGGAAUUUGCUAAAGGAGGUGAUGGCAUUUUAGUCGGUCACUUGUAUUCAUCGCCUUCAAAGUGCUUUAUAUACUACAUUAUGAUAUACGGAUGUGUCAUUUUUUUCCCCCCCUCUUUGUUUAAGGUAUAUAAUAUGUUUGGUUCGACUUUUUAUUUUA